AUGAAGUUCUCUAGCUUUGCCGUCCUCGCCGUUGCCGCCCUUGUUCAGGCCAACCCAGCUCCCUCUCCCGCCCCAUCUCCCGCUCCCGGCCUGGGCGACUUCAUCGACGACGCUUCCACCUGGCUCACUGGCAAGGCCGGCGAGGUUAAGACCUGGCUCUCCGACAAGGCUGGCGAGGCCUCUUCCUUUGCGAGCCACGUCCAGUCCAAAGUCGACGCCAGAGAAUCCAAGGCCAGCGCCGCAGCCAGCGCCAUCCGCUCCAUCUUCGACGAUGCGCCCUCCAGCGUCAUCGCCAGCCUGACCUCCGAAGCCGGCUCCAAGUUCAGCUCCCUCAGCAGCGUUGCCGCCACUGCCACUGGCGAAGCUGCCUCCUCGGUUAACGCCGACAUCUCCAAGCUCAGCGCCUCCCUCGCCAGUGCGACCAGCUCGGCUGCCGCCGCCGCGUCCACAAAGUCCCAUGACGCUGCUCCUGUCCAGACUGCCUAUAUUGCAAUUGGAGCCCUGAUGGGUGGAGCUGCUGUCCUGGCCAACAUGUAA